AUGGAAGUGUCGCCGGAUGUGAUCACCGGUGACCUCGACAAGAGCGUCAACUUUUCCCGCAACGGCGCCGUCGACAAGUUCUCCAUGCAGCACCUGCAGCCUUACCCUUGCAUGGCGUCCAGCAGCUUCGUACCCACGUUUCCAAGCGAAUAUUACGGCGGAUACCCACAGCUGUCCACCAACUCCGUGCCUUGGUCUUCAGCCGUCAGACCGGGAUGCGGUUCUUUGAUUGGUACGCUUCCGUUUUCUGACGCAAACCUUCGAAGUCCUAAUCGGCAUCUGCUGCUUUCAGCCAAUUCCACUUAUUACAGCGGCAGUUUCAACUGA